AUGGAGGCGGUACUCUACGCCGACCCCAACCCGCCAGCCCACGCGAAUCCGGCGAAUCUCACUCCCGAGGGCCUCGACGCGCGGGGGGCGCUUUCCUGCCUCGCCGUCGCGAAGCUCUGCGCGAUGGCGACGAUCGGGCGGCUCCACCCGCUCGCCCUCCCGGCCCUGCAUUUCCUCCGCGGCAUCGUCGACUACGAGCCCGCCACCGCGUUGGCCGAGGUCGGCGCCCUCGCGGUGGCCCUUUCCGAAUUCUUCCACCAGCCCAAUUUGUUCAUGGAGGAGGUUCUCUCGCUGCUGGCGCUGCUUCAAACCAACGAGUUUUUCCUCCCGGAAAGCGGCGGGAUCGCGUUGUUCCCCUCCUUGAGCUUUCUCAAUCACAGCUGCGAACCGAAUUGCGCGGUGGUCCAAGGGGACGGCCCUUUGCAGCGCCGAUUGAUUUCUCUGCGCGAUAUUCGCGAUGGCGAGCAGCUCUUUAUCGAUUACAAUUCUCACCUCACCUCUACGCUGGAUUAUGAGCACCGAAAGGCGCUGUGCGCGCAGCGGCACUUUGAGUGCUUCUGCGCUAAAUGCAUCCGGAGGAUUUGA